ACAGAGCGCUGGAGGUGCCGCUCGCCCGCCCGCCCCGCGGCAGCCCCGGCUCGCCGCGGCGCCAGGCAGGGCCCCCGCCGGAGGAUGCUCGGCCGGCCCCCGGGGCCAGGACCUGGACUAGCAGCAGGACUGGGACGGGCAGCAUGUGCUGCGCUCCGGGGACGGCCCCCACCCGCGGCACCCCGAGAGUAGCUGCUGGAAGGCCGCCCUGCCGUAGCCGCUGACGCUAUGGAAGACCGCAUCCGCUGCUCUCGGCUGUAGGAUGGUAGCGCACAGCAAGGUGUCAGCAGAUAAUGCACUUGGAGCAGACCCAAGACGGCUUCUUGACCCUCCGGCACGGGAUUGCUCACAGGCACGAGGCUUCCAGGGCCCCGGCCGGCCCGGCACUGUGCAGGCACAGGGCAACACACACUUCCGAACCUUUCGCUCCCAAGCCGAUUUCAGUAGCAUCACUCGAGCCAGCAGCCUGCUGGAUGCCUGUGGCUUCUACUGGGGGCCUCUGACUGUCAGUGCUGCCCACGAGAAGCUGAAGUCUGAGCCCGAGGGCACCUUCCUCAUCAGGGACAGCACACAAAAGAAUUGCUUCUUUGCCAUCAGUGUUAAGACUGCAACUGGGCCCACCAGUAUCCGGAUUAACUUUCAGACUGGGCGUUUCAGCCUGGAUGGCAGCAAAGAGACUUUUGACUGUCUUUUCAAGCUGCUGGAACAUUACCUAAGCUCCCCGAGGAAGGUACUGGUUACCCCGCUCCGCAAGGUCCGGGUGCAGCCACUGCAGGAGCUCUGCCGCAAAAGCAUCGUGAAGACUUUUGGAAGAGACAACUUAAAUCAGAUCCCACUCAAUCCUGUUUUAAAGGACUACCUGAAAUCCUUCCCAUUUCAGAUAUAAGUGCAGCAUUAACUGUAUAGGGACACAUUAGAUAUGUGUAACAAAAUCCAUCUUCCUGGAUUUUUAAUUAUGUUUGACAGUGAGCAAACUUAUUUUUGUAGCAGUUUACCGUAUUUUGUGAUGGAACCUGAACACUUGACUUCUUAUGUUUACAAAAACUGUUUGCACAAAGCUGGGGUUUUAAAACCCUGGCAUAAUUUUUCUGCCAAGCAGAAUAUUUUACUAUUUUAUAAUAUUUUUAAUGAUAUUAACAUAAUAAACUUUAUUGUCACAGUUUUUAAAAAAA